AUGGUCCUGGGCUGACAGUAGACGAGAUCACGAGGGUCUGUUGGCUUAGCCGAGCUGAAAUGGUUUCCUUUUCCACCUUGGUCAAGGCUCAGAAACUUUUUAGGUUUGGUCAUGGCCCCGAGCCGACUGUCAUCCCUACUGCUGCUAGUGGUGGUGGUGACAUAAUUGUGGUGGCGGCGACUCAAUAG